GCGGGUGCCUCUGAAGGGUUGGGUCUUCCACAGUCUGGGUUUUUUUUCCUUGGUGGACUCUGUAAGGUCCUGGCCUGGCCUUUAUUUCCCCAAUGGGAUGUUUGCUGCUCUCUGGCUCCGGAGUCCCACAAGGCGAUGCCUCACCUGAUGUCUGAUCCGACAGGGUUUUUCCAGUUCCUGCCUGAGAUGGCUUCCCUUAAGUUGCUGACAAUAGCCCUCUUAUCAGAUUGCUGCAAAGCCAGCUAAGGUGAGGGUCCCACCACGUUGCAGAACUCCACCUCCUGACAGAGUUCCCUGAACAAGGGAUUUUGCUCCUCCUCAGAAUUAGAUUUCCGGGCCGGGGGCCAACGGCUGCAACACCUUGAACUAUCGCCCUGCAAAUGAUUGCAAGGUGUUCUUCUGAACAGGGAGUUGCCAACUUGGGCUGGUGCAAAAGCCCAUUUUGUGCCACAGCCUCCACAGGUACCCUUCCCAGCUGACCCUAACCCUUGCCCCAAGUCUCCGUUUCCUCCCUGGUUGGGAAAUUCCCCUCACCUUGCCAGAGGUGGCACCUCGGGAUCAAUAUCUGCGAAGAUUCUCAGUCAUCCGGGUGUUUAUCCCGAGAUAAAAUGUUUUUGUUUGUUUGUUGUUUGUUAACUAACUAACUAACUUCAGUUUCUUUCCCCUCUCACAACUCUGGGGAGCUAAUAGCAGUAAAAGAAUAAUAGCCUGCCCACCCACUGAGCACAGAUGCCCAAUUAAUUAAUUAAAAGAAAGCCUGCCCAAGAAGAAAAAGGACGAGAAGAAGAGAGUUUGAAGAGCAGCGCCGGUUGUUCGCUUGAGUCUGGGCUCCCCGAGCCCUGCUGAGCCUGGGCGGUGCCCUUUCCCUCCCUAGUCCUGCCAGUCUCCUGCUGGGGGGGGACCGACGGCCGCCUCGGAGAUGCCGGCCGAGCAAGCCCACCUCCAGCCACUGGCGCAAGCGAUGGUCGACCUCACAGCGGGGGCAGCCGGUGGGGUGGCGUGCGUGCUAAGCGGGCAGCCCUUCGACACCAUCAAGGUGAAGAUGCAGACCUUCCCGGCCAUGUACCGGGGCUUCUUCGACUGCUCGGUCAAGACCUACCAGCAGGAGGGCAUGUACGGGCUCUACCAGGGCACCAUGCCAGCCUUGCUGGCCAACGUCGCCGAGAACGCCGUUCUCUUUGCUUGCUACGGGUUCUGCCAGCAGCUGGUGAGGCACCUGUUUGGGCUAGGCAAGGAGCUGGCGCUCAGCGACUUCCACAGUGCAAUGGCCGGCUCGUUCGCCUCGGUCUUCUCUUCCAUGGCCCUCUGCCCCACGGAGCUGGUGAAGUGCCGGAUGCAGGCCCUGCACGAGAUGAAGGUCACAGGGCAGACGGCUCUCUCAAGCCGCAGCUCCACCUGGGCCGUGGUGAAAGCCGUCUUCCGCGCGGAAGGCCCCCUGGGUUUCUUCCAGGGCCUGACCAGCACGUGGCUGCGGGAGGUGCCCGGCUACUUCUUCUUCUUCGGGGGUUAUGAAGUCAGCCGGAGCUUCUUCCUCCAGGCUGGGCAGUCGAAAGAUAUUUUAGGGGCUCUCCCGGUCACGGUGAGUGGUGGGAUUGGUGGGGCCGCCUUCUGGCUGGCCGUCUACCCCAUCGAUUCAGUCAAGUCCCGGAUCCAGGUGUUGUCCAUGGCCGGCCGGCAAGACGGCUUCCUGCUCUCCUUCCUGCACAUUCUCCGGACGGAAGGGUUUAUGCCUCUUUACAGCGGGCUGAUGCCCACAGUGAUCCGUGCCCUGCCUUCCAACGGCGCUCUUUUCCUGGCUUAUGAACUGACCCAGAAAAAGCUGACUCACCUGGCAGAGCGGGCAACCUGAGGCUGGCAGCCAGCCCCCCCCCCCCGGGAAAGAGGGGCUCAGCAGCAGGAGGCAGAGAGCUCAGAAGCCUCCUUUAGUCUGGACUGCAGCAACCAGCGCCCCCCCCCACCCAGCCACCCACCCACAUGCACACACCCCUUUCAGGAGGAGGGAGGUCCCGACCCAAGGGAAAGUGGGCCUUUUGGGACGGUGGGAAGCAAGCCGGGACUGGACUUUCUCAGUAGGGAGUCCUCACGACUUCACGACGCGCAGGCUGGUGAUGCCUCAGCCAUGGAUACAACUCAUGGGAUGGCAGUCCAACACACGCUGCCUUACGGUGGCUUUGGGGGGAGAUGUGGUGCAGUCACAUCAGAUCUGAAUUCUUGCCCUGCUUUUUUCCCUCCCCCAAAUGCACUUGAGUUUUAGAUUUCAAUAGCCUCUUGUUUCCGUGUCACUGUCUCUUUCCGUACACUCCAGGGGUGGUUUGGAGGUUAUCUUGGCCUUGGGAAUGCCCCCGAUUUCUUACCGUGAAAUAAAUUGCUUUUGGAAACCAUUUCUGUCUGGCAGAGAGGUCCCUUUUCGGACAAUGGCUCUCCUGCUUAUUGGUAGAGAACCCCAUGGACACGCGGCUGAAGACCCCGGCUCACCUUUCCACACAUCCCUGACACCCCCCCCCCAGUUUUCUUGCUAUUCUAGCCUGAGAACUGCUUGCUUUGCGAAGCUAUAAUUGAUCCCAAUAAACGUAUUGUCCUCUGUGUGUUUUAUUCACACGGUCUGCUGGAUAGCUCAGAGGUUUGAGGUUGGGAGUUCAAUUCCCUCGCCUGGAGCUUCUCACCAUGGGCUGGAUUCAAUGACUGACAGGGUCCCCCCCCCCACUCUGUAGUUAUAAGAUGAUACUAAUAUUAUUGUUAUCAUCAACAACACGGACUCUUUGUUUUUUGGACCAUUUCCCCCUGCCCCCCGCUGAGCCAAGGUGAGUCUGUCGUUCCCUCACUAAAAACACGGCUUCUCCUGGAGGGCCACGUUCUCUGACACCUGGGUCAAGGCUGGGAAGUGAGAUGCCUGGGGGGGGGUGAGCCUCAUUGUGCUCUAGUUCUUACUGGCCAUCAUCAUUCCAUGUCCCCAGACAGAGAAUCCAGAAGCAAAUUGCAGUGGAGAGAGAAACCAGACUGGUUAACAACGUUUACACCAUUGUGCACACUCGUUCACGGUUCUGACAGUCUCUCUCUCUCUAGGUAUGUCCAUCCCGGGUUUGUGCCCAAGCGUGAGCUUCCUACUCGAUCUGGGUGCAGAGGCAACCUACAUAAAGUGUGCAUGCCUAUUGAACGUUGCCUGUGGCUUUGUUGCAUGGCUUUAUCAACCCAUAGCCUGCAGGCACGUGUGCCCAGACCAGAUCUGUGUUGGCUGCCAUGUGUGAACACACCAUACAGUUUUCUUUCUUCUCUCUCUCUUCCCCCACCCACCCCCAUCCUGAGCUAGUUUUGUUUUAUUUCCCUGUCAUCUGCAUAGAGGAAAACUUCCAGGAAAAAUUCACUGUUAGCUCAUGGCAGGGUCCAGUAUUUUCCAGCAACCGGACAAGGCACAGGAAAUGGUGAACUAAACCAACCCGCCUCUGGAUCUUGGUGGUCCAGUGACACCGCUGCUCGGCUUUUGGGACUGGGUGGAAGGGCUUCUUUAAAGGAUGUUCCAUCCAGCAAAGCCACCCUUUCUAGGGUGUUCAACACAACCCUAUAUUUCUGCCUGAGCACACCCUCCGUUCUGAAAAUCAUGAAUCUUUUUACCAUGAAGAAGAUGUUCGGAGACUCGGGGAAACUGCGUUUUCAACAUCAACAGCUGCCGCCCUCUGACAAAGGCUCUUUGCAAGCCCAGCUGUCAAAGCCAGCUGGAUGCCUGCCUCCAUCAUCCGGGCUUCCCCAUCUUCCACGAUGCCUUGAAGGGCUGGUCUUGCUGUAAGAAACGGACC